AUGGAAACUCCAGAUCCGACAGAGGAUAUAGAACAAGACACUAAUAUUAAAGUCAGUGAUCCAUCUGCUGUAGAACACUCAGGCAGAAUAAAGACGGUAGUUCAAGUGCAUACUGAAGCAGAACCACAAGAAACACCAGUUACAGUCGAUUUACCACCGGUAGAGCCAACACAUACAGUAAUGGAUCCAUUUUCUCUCUUAAUGAUGAAAAUGGAACAAAUGUUUAAAAUACAGGAACAAUCACAGAUACAGCGUGCAACUGAGCUUAAUAACAACUUAGAUAAACGUAUUAGCAGAGUAGAUGAAUGGAUUAGGACCUUGGAUGAACGCAUCAGUCAAUUAGACGAGCGUACGCAGUUAAGCUUUUCACAGUUCUCAAAAGAGAUAGAUCAAAAGCUUGAAAACUGGUUAAAAGAACACGAUCGCCAGCUGCGACAGCAAAUGGAUGCCCAGUUGUCUGCUAUACAGAACAACAUUUCAAGUAUGCAACAAACAUACCAUGACUUACCACAGAAUGUACAGCAAGUAACCCAGGAUGUGGACAAAUUACAACAAACACACACUUAUUUGGAGGCAGAAAUACGCAACAUAAGUACAUGUAUAGAAAAUCUUACGGUUGAUAAUCAAAACGUAAUAGAACAAAAAUGCAAAGAACAAGAAGAACGCGUUGUGACCACAUUCAACACAUGGCUAAAUGACAAAGACAAACAAAUUAGUACUGUUAUACAGAAGGAACUACCUGUGAUGUUACAACGAGCAGGAACACAACUGAUACAUGAAAACAACACAAAGAUUCAUGAACUCCAGACUGAAUUACAAAACGUGCAGAAAGUGCUUAAUGAAACACGUACGCAAACAUCUCAUAACAGUUCACCAGAGUGUGUUAGUAUCACAGAAACACACCCUGAUCAUUAUGAAACGCCUUUAACUGAAAGUAGGGCGCAGACGGGCAAUAAUUUCAAUCCAACAUGUGGAGUAACAUCCGUUUAUCAAGACCAUACACAAUCAUUGGUGACUCAGGAUGCUUUAGUGAAGUAUUCACAUUUUCAGAAGUUUACCAAUGAUAAGAACGGACCCCAUCCAAUUGUGUUUAUCAAAGGGAUCCAUGGAAUAAUGCCAAAAAGUUGGAACGAAAGGGAGAAAAUUGUCUUUACCAUUACCCAUAUUCAAGAUUUGGUUAUCGAAGAGGACAGACACCAUUAUGGGAAUAAUUCGUCGAAUAAUGGUAAUGGUAAUGGCAAUGGGCGAAACCACAAGAACAAUAGUAAUAGAAACACCUACUAUGGGAAUCAAAAUCAUUGGGAUAGUCCGAAUUAUUCAGGAUGGCAGAACCACAAUAUGAACACAAAUGGACAGUACCGUAAUGCACCGAAUCACAAUUAUCAUCCACAGAACAAUAGUGGACAAAACAAUAGCAGAAACUUUUCAAAGAAACGGAAAAGAGAUUUUAGAGCUAACGCCAAUUACAAUAAUGGUAAUUUUCCAAAUAAUCAGCAAAACAUGCAACCACCACAUAACUGGUCAACACAGAAUUAUGCACAACAGCAAUGGCAGCAGCCUAGGCGACCGCAAUAUCACAACAACAAUCAUGUACAACCCCCGUACAAUACAAAUAUGUCAAAUAACAUGCAGCAGCAUAUGAAUGCGCAGCCAUGA